AUGGGGCUCAACAUUUAUAACCCUUCAUACUUCAUUAUUACUUUUGAUGCCGGUUUUGUCGUGUCAGAUGUGGAGAGAAAUGUCGAUAAUAGUUACAAUCUCAUUGCAAACUACCAGGCGGAUAAGGUUGACCAGUUGUAUACAAACUUUGUCGAUAAUAUAGAGCUGAUUUAUUUAUCGGGUACUGGCGUGGUGGAUCCAAUUCUUUACAACUGGGCCUUGCCUAAUUCUAUCACCAAUCCAUUUCAAUGGUCAACAAAGUUUCAAUGUAGACCACAAAUAAAAAAUGGAAAAUGUUGCAUUCCGGAUAAUUUCAAACUCUGGUUUAGAUUCCGGCAAAUUGGUGUUGCAGGAGCAGCGUUAAAUCAAGUAUUUGGCCAACCUGUCUCUUUCUACACUACAGACGCAUGGGCAGGGGCUGUUCAACCGUAUGACCCGGUUACUUUGUUCAACCAACAGGUGCCUUUCCAAAAGAGAGAUGACGAAGGUGCCGAUGGGAGUGAAGUCUCAGAUCUAGAUAAAAGGAGUUUUCAAUCCAUGGUUGAUCUAUUAAAUAGCUGUACCACCAAACGGCGUGGUAUUAAGCAGUUUUGUUGGGACUGUGGAUGUGCACCACCACCAGUGUCACCUUCUGAGCCGCCAGUGUCACCACCGGUUUCACCUUCUGAGCCGCCAGUGCCACCAUCCGAGCCACCAGUGUCACCACCAGUGUCACCCUCUGAGCCACCAGUGUCACCCUCUGAGCCACCAGUGUCACCACCGGUUUCACCUUCUGAGCCACCAGUGUCACCCUCUGAGCCACCAGUGUUGCCUUCUGAACCACAAGUGUCGCCUUCAGAACCACCAGUGUCGCCUUCAGAACCACCAGUGUCACCACCAGUGUCACCACCGGUUUCACCUUCUGAGCCACCAGUGUCACCACCGGUUUCACCUUCUGAGCCACCAGUGUCACCCUCUGAGCCACCAGUGUCGCCUUCUGAACCACAAGUGUCGCCUUCAGAACCACCAGUGUCGCCUUCAGAACCACCAGUGUCACCACCAGUGUCACCACCGGUUUCACCCUCUGAGCCACCAGUAUCGCCUUCAGAACCACCGGUUUCACCUUCUGAGCCACCAGUGUCACCACCGGUUUCACCUUCUGAGCCACCGGUUUCACCUUCUGAGCCACCGGUUUCACCCUCUGAGCCACCAGUGUCACCCUCUGAGCCACCAGUGUCGCCUUCAGAACCACCUAUCUCAUCAUCAGCACAAUCAAGUUUGUCAGUUGGAGAGCAUAACUCUUUUGGCCUGCAAACCUCUGGAUUUUCCGAAGUGACAACCAUUCCCUCUACAACGGUUAUUACAGUCACCAUUUGCUCACAUGGUGGCUGCUAUACUACGCUUGAAACUACUGGAGUAACUGUUAUAACAGAGGGAACAACUGUUUACACUACUUAUUGUCCCUUGGUAGGGGGACCAUCAACAUCAACCUCAGCUAGUGGAAAUGCAAAUGCAAAUGCAAAUGGAAGUGGAAGUGGAGGAAGUCCAGGAGCAGGACCAGGUGGAGGAGCAGGAAGCCCAGGAGCAGGAAAUGGAAGUCCAGGUGGAGGAAACCCAGGUGGAGGAAACCCAGGAGCAGGAAGCCCAGGAGCAGGAAGCCCAGGUGGAGGAGCAGGAAGCCCAGGUGGAGGAGCAGGAAGCCCAGGUGGAGGAGCAGGAAGCCCAGGUGGAGGAAACCCAGGAGCAGGAAACCCAGGAGCAGGAAACCCAGGAGCAGGAAACCCAGGAGCAGGAAAUGGAAGCCCAGGUGGAGGAGCAGGAAAUGGAAGUCCAGGUGGAGGAAAUCCAGGAGCAGGAAAUGGAAGCCCAGGUGGAGGAGCAGGAAGCCCAGGUGGAGGAGCAGGAAGCCCAGGUGGAGGAGCAGGAAGCCCAGGUGGAGGAAAUCCAGGAGCAGGAAACCCAGGAGCAGGAGCAGGAAACCCAGGAGCAGGAAAUGGAAGCCCAGGUGGAGGAGCAGGAAGCCCAGGUAAAGGACCAGGUGGAGGAAGUCCUGGGCCAACCAUGGCGUCAUUGGAAGAGACAGGAUCAGCAGGAAACUCCUUACCAUCAUUACAAAGUAUUUCAAUUGCUCAACAAAGUGAAUCAUCAUCCCCAGAAUUGAAUCCCGCAGAAGUUUCAUUAUUCGCUGCUUCUGGAAUUACUAUGGAUCAUUCCAAUGGAGCUUUCUUGAUGGCUGCUGCAAUUAUCCUACUUUAA